AUGUUGUAUUCUCUUGCUCUCCCAGCUCUUCUGCUGGUUAACUCUGCCUCGGCUACCAAGUCCGUCUUCGGCCGCCGAGACCUCCUGGUCUCCGACAACGUCAAGUGCGCUUGUACUGGUUUGAGCAGCCAUUCUCCUAACUCUACGCUCUUCUCCAAUUCGACGGCGUACGAGACCCAGCGCAUCAACGUCUGGGACAAGAGAGCCAACCUUCAUCCGGCCUGCAUCUAUCUCCCUUCAACUGCCGACGAUGUCGCUAAGGGCGUGGAGAUCCUCUCCACCUGCAAGGCCCAGUUCGCUGUCAAGGGUGGUGGCCAUAUGAACUACCCCGGAGCCAACACCAUUGACGAUGGAGUCCUGCUUGCCCUCAACGGCCUGAAUACAGUCACAGUCAACAAUGACGAGAACAUCGUCGACGUCGGUCCCGGCAAUAAAUGGGUCGACGUCUACUCCGCCCUGGCGCCGUACGGCAAGUACGCUAUCGGCGGCCGUCUGAAGACCAUCGGCGUCCCCGGCCUGACCCUGAUCGGCGGUGUAAGCUACUUCCUCAACAAAUAUGGCUUCUCCAUGGACAACGUGGUCAAGUACGACGUCGUCCUCGGCAACGGUACCCAAGUCUCCGCAACCAACACUUCGAACCCGGACCUCUUCUGGGCUCUCAAGGGCGGUGGUAGCAACUUCGGCAUCGUCACCAAGUUCUCUCUCAAGACUUUGGACCUACCAUUGGCGACCAGCACUUACCAGAUCUUUAACGAGUCUGCCACAAAGGCCUUCAUCAAGGCUGCUGCCGAUUUCGCUCUCAGCGACGACAACUCUGAGGGUGCCGGUGCCGUCAUCAACAUCAACUACAAUGUGACGACGAAGGAGGUCGUCCCGCAAGUCUUUGGCCUGCAGGAGACCACUGUCUCGCCGCCGUCUCACUUUGCCAACUUCACUGCUAUUCCUGCCGUUUCCCGCAGCCACAAUGUUACCCGUCCCAUUGACUGGCACUCCCAGAUGUUGUCCCCCAACCAGAUGUUCCGCAUUCAGUUCGGCCACCAAACGAUCAUUCCCGAUGCCGACCGCCUGUACGAGAUCUACCAGGCCUGGGUUGAAGCUAUCGCCGACAUUGCCGACAUCGAAGGCGUUCGUCCUACGUUCAUCUUGAACACGGUCCCGAGGACUGCUUUAGCGGUUGGAAAGAACAACGGCAUCGGUAACACGUUCGGUCUGGAUGCUGACCAGUCCUAUAUCUGGUGGCAAAUCACUACCUCUUGGGCCCGCCCCGAGGACGACCUCCGCAUGACCGCUUGGUCCCAGAACUUCCUCGCCCACCACCACGAGAUCAACCAAGAGUUGGGACUGGCGACCGAGUUCGUCUACAUGGGCGACGCGGGCGAGUGGCAGAAGCCUUUUCCUGCUUACGGACAGGGCAACCUGCAGAAGAUGAAGGAUAUCAGAGCUCAGUACGACCCCAACAUGGUGUUCAGCAAGCUCAACUGGGGUGGUUUCAAGCUUGGACAUUAA